CCCUCCACACCCAGCUCCAGCCUCUGACAUUUUCAAUGACAGUUUUUGACAAUCAUACUUGUUCUUUUGGAUAACUGUGGUCAUUUGUCCCGAAGACUGUCAAUCAUGCACAUACUUGCGUAUGUCUCCUUACAAAGGGCCUUGCCGGUGAUCGUACGACAGGGCGCAAAACGUAGAGCGUGCCCGUGGAGCUCACGAUGGUACAGUGUGGUCCCAACACCUCGGGACAGCGAGGAGAAGGAGAUGCUGCAUCGUAUCCUGCGUGUCGACCAUGCGGGUGAAUAUGGCGCAAGUCGCAUCUACGCCGGCCAGAUGGCAGUACUGGGCAGGUCUAGUACUGGACCUCUCAUUCAGGAAAUGUGGGAUCAAGAAAAAAAACACCUUGAGAAAUUUAACGAAAUACUGGCCGAAAGCCGCGUCCGGCCCACCGCGCUGCUACCCCUUUGGAAUGUUGCUGGCUUUUUAUUAGGUGCAUCUACUGCAUUGUUGGGCAAAGAGGGGGCCAUGGCCUGCACUGUGGCAGUGGAAGAGAGCAUCUCUGAACAUUACAACAGCCAGAUACGAACUCUGAUGGAGCAGGACCCCGAGAGAUACACCGAACUAUUAAAGGUUAUAAAGGAAUUCCGAGACGAUGAGCUGGAGCAUCAUGAUACAGGAUUAGAACAUGACGCUGAAUCUGUACCUGGAUACUGGCUACUUAAAAACGCCAUCCAAAUAGGGUGCAAAGCUGCCAUAUGUGUUUCUCAACGUGUCUAACUUUGUAUAUAUGAAAUAAUAAACGUGUGCUUGUUUUAAUACCUUGA